GAUCGGAUCCGAUCGACCCGGAAUCGGAACACAAGGUAAACACAGAGGCGGCGUUUCAGGGGAAGGAGGAAGGAGAACAGGAAGAAGAGGAGUAGAGAGAAAGAUGAACAAGAAGGAGAUCUUCAAGCUAGCCAAAGGAUUCAGGGGAAGAGCGAAGAACUGCAUAAGAAUCGCGAGGGAGAGAGUGGAGAAAGCUCUUCAGUACUCUUACAGAGACAGGCGCAACAAAAAACGUGAGAUGAGAGGUCUCUGGAUCGAGCGUAUCAACGCCGGCUCUCGUCAGCACGGAGUGAACUACGGUAACUUUAUCCACGGACUGAUGAAGGAGAACAUCCAGCUUAACCGUAAAGUCCUCUCUGAGCUCUCUAUGCAUGAGCCUUACAGCUUCAAAGCACUCGUGGACGUCUCCCGCAAGUCCUUCCCUGGAAACAAGAACGUGGUCCAAGCGCCUCGGAAAGUGGACAUUUCAUCUAUCAAUGCCUAGUUUAUUAGGACACCAAGUUAGUUUCAUCUCUACCUUCUUUAUUCUCUUUCAAACAGAACACAAUAAUACCAUUUUGUUAUUUGUCUGAAUACAAUGUAUGCCGGCCGCCCCGGUGAUUACUAUUAAAUUUUUUUUUUGCAAUC